ACGGCUGCCUACUGAACGCGUCAUUCUGCGCAUGCGUAAACUGCUGCCUCAGCAGCAUUGGAGAUAAUUUGUGCUGCCGUGGUCAGUGUUACUUCUCCUACUGGUAGCACGACAGUCUGUUGACGGACCCUGAGUGUGGGAAAGGCAGACCAAGAAUCCCAUGGUAAAAUAUUGUAUCAACAUUGGGAAUCAUCCACCAAUUAGUCAGCACUUGCAGCUGGCCAUACAUGAGCAGAUGUCCACGAUGGGCCACAACUGCUGGCUAGUUCCGCAGACACCUCUGACUUAUCUGGCCCACUGAGCUGAUAAUACUCACAGUGCCUUCAACUGGAUGUAUGUAUGAACUUACAUAAAGAACUGGAAACAUUGGCUGGAUAUGUCCACUUCUCAUGAAUCAUUAGAUCAGCAUUGGAAGCAGCGUGCACAGCAUGAGGUGUUGGAAGAUCCAACAAAGGUUGAAGACAAUAUAUUUGCCUUGAGAACACUUGUUCAAGGUGAAAAAGGGCUCUAUUCAAGAACUGAUGACACAUUCCUCUUAGCUUUUUUAAGAGCGAGGAAGCACAAUGUGAAUGAAGCCUUCAGACUGCUCAAGAACUUUUACAAAGUUAAGAAGGCUUAUCCAAAACAUCUUGAAUGUUGCCUUCCAUCAGAAAAAGGAUAUGUUUAUGACAUGGACAUAAUGACAGUUCUAGACCAAAAAGAUAAUGAUGGGAGGAUUGUAGUGAUCAUGCGAUUUGAAAAACUGGAUUACAAAAAGAUUGUAGUAGAAGAAUGCUACCAGACAAUAGCAACAGUGCUUUCGUUUUGUUGUGAAGAUCCUCACGUUCAAAUCUCUGGUGCAGUAUUUAUUGUGGAUAUGGCAGGGUAUGGACUUCAACAUUUCCUAGUUGCAACACCAUCAAACUUAUCACUUUUCAUUAAAAUGUUCCAGGACUGCUUUCCUUUGAGGCUGAAGGGUGUCCAUAUUGUAAAUGCACCAUCACUUUUUGCUGCUGUGUUUGCAAUUUCUAAACCAUUUUUGAAAGAAAAGAUGAGACAAAGAAUUCAUGUUCAUGGUAGAAACAUGUCUUCUUUGCAUGAAUAUGUGCCUUAUGAGAUACUACCAAAACAGUUAGGAGGAAUGGUACCUAAUUUCAACUUCAAUUCAUUCAGACACAAACUACAACAAAAUGAAGAUAUGAUCAAAGCAUGGAACAAAUAUGGAUAUGGUAUGAAACCCCAAGACAAUUUCGAAAUUGGAAUGUCAAAAUGAAUGUCAAGAUUAACCUUACUAUGUCUAGGCAGUAUGCCCUAGGGUGGUAAGAAAAAUUAUUAUGCAUGCAACUGUAUAAAAACUCAGUAAAUUAGAAUUCAGAAUUCUAGUGUUAUGUCAUGAAAACUGAAACAUUUGUGCCAUAUGUAUUAACAACAUCAUUGAAACAGUACAGAAUUUAUAUGUUAGAAACAAACCAUUUUGAACAUUAUCUCGUAUAAAUUCUUAGUGAUUAUAAAUUGCAGUAAGAAUUUAAAUGUCUCCUAUCAAAGUGUAAAGUAUAUUCAUUUUGUCUCAGGAAAUCUGUUGGAGCUAAUCUGAGUGACAUUACAUCUUAUGUCCAUGUUAUUGUAUAUUUUUCAGUAUUGAAAUGCUUACUUUCCUUA